UACCAAGCACAACAUGCUUUACCUUCAAUGAAAGCUGAGACGGGGGCACGGUUGACUGCUGGUCCCGAAAUCAGCUCAGAGCUCGGAUACAAAACCAAGAGCGUCGGUGUUUUAGCAGCUCAGUUCUCCUACAUCUACUUCUCUGCACCUUCUGCUGUGCGCUGUGGGACUUUUAUCAGUUACUGACUGUAGCACGUUUAGACCUGCAGCUUAUCAAAAGCAGAGAGACAACUUGGAUAACGCUCUUAUUUUUUCCUGCCCACCUUCCUGUCUUGCUGUGACUGGUGUCAGAGGUGAUGGUAUCAUUUUCUCCCAGAGAACUGUUCCUCAGGUGAUGGUAUGUCUUUUUGGAGAUAGGGACCACUUCUGGAAACGUGCUAGGUUUUCCACAACUGUUAUUUUUUCUGUUGCUACCUUCGCUUUGGCUCAAGCAUGGCUCUCUACUCUCGGUUUGUGGUCGUGCUGCUGUACGGAUGGAGUUAUCUGUGCGUUGGAUACUGCGCGAUGCUGAAGACAGAUAAUAUCCCCGAGAGACGAAAGGUGGAUUUUACGCAUUCGGUGGAUAAAAAGCACCCUGCAAAGGAAGACCAGGAUCUGCUUUUACAGGAUACAAUGACGGAACACAUGCAGAUGCUUUACACGAAGUACAACCGGGCUGGAUUUCCCUUCAAGGACGGCAACACUGUCCGCAGUUUCAAAGCGCACUGGGGUACUAUAAACAAGAAGCAGCUGCAGAUUUUCAACCUCACUUCCCUCACCAAGUCAGAAGAUGUUCUGUCGGCCACUCUUCACUAUUACAUUGGAGACCUUCAGAACAGCACCCAGGGCUGUUCCAGAUCCAAAAGCUGUGGCCGCCAUGGCCCCCGCAGGCACAGCCACAUUCACAUGGUCAUCUGGAGUUUUGCUUCUGUGGAUAACAAGAUGAGGACUCUCGGACAUUUUCGGAUCAAUGUGUCCACCCUGUACAGGGACUUCAUAUCUUGGCAGUGGAAGGACAUAACGCGUGUGGUCAACCAAGCCAAACACCAUGACGAGCUGCUUAUUGGGAUCGACGUGGCUUCACAAGGGCCCCAGCCAUGGAAGAAGCUCCUGUCAGACCGCUCACCCUACAUCCUGGUCUACGCCAAUGACUCUGCCAUUUCAGAACCUGAAAGUGUGGUAGCCACCCUCCAGAGACACCAUUCAGUGGGAGGGGAGGGCUCCAUUUCACACAGCUUCCAUAAACUGGGACUGCGAGAGCAAAACAACACCGAACAGGAACAGCCACAGCCCAGACAUAAGCGCUCAGUGAAUGUUCUGCUCCCGUUGCAAAACAAUGAACUCCCUGGGCCCGAGUAUCCGUACGAGACGGCCGGGUGGGAUGAGACGAGUCCAUACGAACCUUUUGAAAACAAGCAGGCCCGUCGGCCGCGUAAAAAGACACGCAAGAAUCAGCGGCACAAGAUGCCCCUGCUGCAGUUCGAUGAGCAGACGAUUAAAAAGGCGCGAAAGAAGCAGUGGAACGAGCCCAGGAACUGCGCACGGAGGUACCUGAAAGUGGACUUUGCAGACAUUGGAUGGAGUGAAUGGAUUAUAUCACCUAAGUCGUUUGACGCCUACUACUGCUCAGGGUCCUGCCAGUUCCCCAUGCCAAAGGCUCUGAAGCCCUCUAACCAUGCCACCAUCCAGAGCAUAGUGCGGGCAGUGGGUGUUGUUCCAGGCAUCCCUGAGCCGUGCUGCGUCCCAGAGAAGAUGUCUUCCCUCAGCAUCCUCUUCUUCGAUGAGGACAAGAACGUGGUGCUCAAAGUCUACCCCAACAUGACUGUAGAUUCCUGCGCCUGUAGAUAGUUUUUUUUCCCCCUUCAAAGCCUGUUCACAUAAAACUAAUGUCACACAGAAAAGAGAAAAAAAAUCAACACAUGCAGCCAAACAACACUCUCUCCUCCUGUUUCUUUAGUCAUAUACUCAUUCACUUACAAAACACCCAUUGAACACAACUUCCCUUUUGCACUGGAGGAGAGUACUGCCUGUUGUUCCAGGUGAAGAGGAGACUGGUCUGUUCAUGGGAAGGAAUGGAUCGCGUGAGUUAUCCUCGUGGAAGAUAACUGGAAUGGAAAGUCAAAUCUCCAUGCUCCGAUUUCACCUCCGGCGCCACUGUUUUUCUUUAUGUCUUUAUCAUCGCUGCUCAGUUGGGCAACAGCAGGGUGAUUGCAAUCAUAAACUCACUAUCAAGAUACACAAAUACCCAUUGAGGCUUAAAAGAGACAAAAACUGAAGGAAAAAUCACUUUUCAGGAAAAAUGAUCUCAGUCUGAACUGAAACUUCUGAGGGGGGAGGGGGGGUCAUUCUCAUCUUUCUCUCCUUCAUAGCUUGAAGUUGUCUUUGGUCAUUACCACAAAGUCACCUCUGCUCGCACUUGCAUGGUUUUUGUUACUAUGUGUAUGUAUUUAUGUCUGUACUAUCACUGUGUUAUUCACUAUAUGAGAAGUUAUUGUAUAAUUAUUGGCUUGGCUGCUAUAGAGAGAUAUAUUAGAUUCCAAAGCCAGAAUUGUGAUGUAGACGGUAGAUAGCCUUACAUAUUUGUGUUUAGAUCACUGCUCCCUUGUUGUACAGAACCCACAUUUUAAGAGUUUAUUAUAUUCGGAGGAGUAAGCUACUUUUCAUUUGUGGUCUUCCUUCACAGUUGGAGUGGGGAGUUUUUAAGGAGACCCACAAUACCUUUGCUUCACCAAGAAAAUGUUCAAGCUUUAUGAGAUUUCAUUUUGAAAAGAUAAAGGGAUAAAACAUAUCAAAAGGAGAAACUACUACAUUGAACAAGGGCUAUCAGCAUGUGUUAAACCACAGGACUCUAAAAGCCACUUGAUGCUUGUGUGGGAUUUUGAAACCCUUGUUGGGCCUGAUAAGUUCAGAAAGAAAUCAGAUAAGUCAUCGGCAGGCAUCGAGGAUUAAUACUAGUGGUUUCAGUGAGCCUGUUAUCAGGCCGAACUUGUUUGUUUUUGGCAUUGUUAAAGUUCAGAACAUGUUGUCAUUACAUAAUGUUUCAAAUGAUGUACCGUAUUCACAGAGUAGACUGACAUUUAUGAGGAAAAACUUAACUCCAAUAAUGCUUCAAGAAAUUUGUUUUUAUCAACUCAGUCAGUAUCAAGUCAAUAUACAGUGCUGGUCUGGAAUCAGUUUUGCUUUACAUAUCAUGAAAGCUCAUCAUUUUUGGUUUUAAUUGAAAAAUGUCUAAAUUGUCUUAAGGUUGAAGUGGGCUAAAAAUCUUACUUCCACCUGGUUUUUGCUCCAAGAAAAAAAAAAACUUUUAACCAUCGUUUACAGUAAUCUUUUUUUGAGCUGCAGAGAUUUUACAACCCAGUUUUCACACGAUUUUCUCAAAAAAUCCCAUUUUUAAAUACAUAAAAACCAAAUAUGAUGAGCAACACAUAUAAUAUAUUGAAAGAUCAGGGAGAGCUGAUCUGUUUUCCUGGGUCGCAUAAGCCUUUAAUAUUACUGUAAAGAGUAGACUUUGCAUAAAUCAUUAGGGAGUGUGUCAUUUGAUCUACUUUGCGUCAGGUCAACUUUGAACAGCAGGCACACCUGGAAGAGCAGUGAACAUGUCGUAACGUCACCUCGGGUGUUGCAUUAUUGUCAGACUUCAUGAAACCAAAUAUUUAUUCAGAGCUAAUAGACUGAAAUAUAGCAGCAACCUUUUUUCUAUAGACUUGUACAUUGUUUUUGUAUAUAGCUUACUAUAUGUUGAUGACAUUCUAUUGUCUCUUUGAGAUAGAAGUGCCUUUUGAAUGGGUGGAUUUCUGCUUUUCAAAAGUUUGAUUUGAUUCAUCGCCUGGUCAGAGAACUGAGCUCAGUUUGCAAUGAAGCUGAAGUCAAAGCAAGCAGCUGAGAGUAGUUUUUUAUGGUACAAAAUAGUCUACAAUGAGUGAACAUAGUGAAUAUUCUUUUGAUAAGGAUGAUCGUCAGUGGAAUUUAUUUCAAAAUGUAUUUCUAAUAAUUCACUAUUUUGAUAUUUCAGAGACAUUUAUUUUGUUGUCAAUAGCUAUGGGCAGAUUGUUUAACUUUAUAUAUUUUGUACUGACACUUUUUCCAGUUUGUGCUUCCUCAUAUUGUGCCAAUACAGAUUUUAGCAAUGCAUGCUGUAGAACGGAGUGGCCUCUGGUUGUGCAAGUACAACGCUGCAGACAUGACGACUGCUGACGAGUUGUUUUUGAGGCCUUUGCUUUUUCUGCAUUUGAGACUCAACCCAGGUCUAAUCUUCACUAACAUCUUUUGGAGUGCAGGUAUCAAAGACACAUAUAUACAGUACGGUAUAUCAGCAAUUUAUAAGAGGUUAUUCUACUUCACUGUUCAAGCCUAUCUUGUAAAUGUUAAGCUGUAGGUAAAAAUGCUUGUACAAUAAGCUUCAUAAAAUAUAUUUGUAUAUGGAAAUGACCUUUAACAUGCAUCUAUUUAUUUUCUGUAUGUUGCAUAUCUUGUAGAGGUGUGGUCUGGGAAAGGGAGAUUGAAGCCCUGACAUGUUGAUGGUCUUUAUAUCUGUGAUGGACAUUUGUCACUACUGAUGUGAAGGUGUGGUGAACUGUUUCAAGGUCCCCCCCCCCGAGCUCCGACCCUCCUCACAAAGCAUUCAAAGAAAUGAAUAAAAGUAUGCAAGACUCA